GCUGUUUAAGUAGUGUCGAUGCUGUCGGUGUAAGCCAUCUGUAUCGAAAUAAACACAAACACUAGACUUCAAGGAGCCAGUCAAGAGCUGUCAAUUAACGCAAAACUCGAGUUUAUUCAAGUUUGUCAUUAAUGCUUACAAUAAUUUAGAUCUUCAGUCUAAAUUGUAACAUUAAAAUGAUGUCCUUGAAAGGCUUAGGCGUUGGGGAGACAGAGGACCAAAAUAAAAUCAGGUUCCAGGUUGAGCUCGAGUUCGUUCAGUGUCUGGCCAAUCCAAACUACCUGAAUUUUCUGGCACAAAGAGGUUACCUGAAGGAAAAUACAUUCAUCAAUUACCUGAAAUACCUUCUGUACUGGAGGGAGCCUGAUUACGCCAGGUACCUGAAGUACCCGACGUGCCUCUAUUUCCUCGAGCUGCUGCAGUAUGAGCACUUCCGAGCUGAGCUGGGCAAAGCACAGUGCGCCAAGUUCAUCGACGACCAGCAGAUUUUGCUUUGGCAACACUACACGAGACGGCGUAACCGCUUGAUGGAGAUGACGGCUCAGAGGAACUCUGCCACGGACGGACCGCACACAAAUGGACAGCCCAACAAUACAAAAUAAAAUCAGUGAAUAUAUA